GUCAACAGAAAGAUAAACGGAGCCUCUAUAAAAAACGGUUCAUCUUCCCCAAUCUCAAGACCCUAGAUUGCUAGAGAGCUCGUUCGUCAUUUCUUCUAAGCCUCAAAUCUCACAAUCCAUUACCUGACCCAUCGCCUUUAUCCAAGAUGUCAGAAGAAGCACCAUUCAGACCACGUGAGAAGCUUAUUGAGAAGCAAAAAUAUUUCCAGAAUAUCCCCAAGCAUACCUACUUGAAGGGACCCCUUGAUAAGGUUACGUCCGUGGCCAUACCACUGGCUUUGGCUGCAUCAUCACUUUAUCUGAUUGGACGAGGGAUCUAUAAUAUGUCACAUGGAAUCGGAAAGAAAGAAUGACAUGGGAAUUUCGGAUUGAGGAUGUGGGUGUUUUGCCACAUAAGCCAAGCAGAACCUUCUUAAUAUGGACAAGUGGUUUUUUUAGCAUUUAUGUUUUUUCUCCUAAUAAAAUUGCGUAGUUGCAGACUUUGACCAUCAUUGGGGGUUUAUAACUUGAAUGAAAGUGUAUUAUUUUUUUUGUAUGUUUUAUAUAAUCAAUCGAGUGAAUUAGCUCAAAUUGCUGGUUUCC